AUGGCUGAACGUCUGGAGGACCAUCUUCAAUGUCCCACCUGUCUGGACGUCUUCGAAGAUCCUGUCAUGCUUCCGUGCAGUCACAACGUCUGCCGUCCGUGUCUGCAGCAGUGGAAGGGAGCAGGAGAACGAUCGUGUCCAGUCUGUUGGACAAAGUUUGGGUCAAUGGAGCUGCCUUUGAACCUGACACUAAAGAAUCUUUGUGAGGACGUUUCACGAGCCUCAGUCAAAUCAGAAGACAUCUGCAGCUUGCAUGAGGAGAAACUUCAACUCUUCUGUUUGGACCACCAGGAGCUUGUGUGCCUCGUUUGUAGAGAUGAAGAAAUCCACAUUGGUCACACGUUCCAGCCCCUCGACGAAGUUGUGAAAGGUCAUCAUGAGGAACUCCAGAGAGGACUGCAGAAGGCCAAUGAAAGACUCCAAGAUUACAACGACUGUCGAAAGAACUUCAACGAACAGGCAGAGUACAUCAAAGCCCAGAGGGAGAAGGUCGAACGCAAGAUUAAGAAGGAUUUUGAGGAGCUCCAUCGCUUCCUCGACGUCGAGGAGGAGGCCAGGUUGGCUGCGGUCAGGGAGGAAAAGAAGAAGAAGAGUCAGACGAUGAAGGAGAAGAUGGUGGCUCUCGACAGACAAAUGGUCGCUCUCUCGAAUCUCAUCAGAAGCACGGAGAAGCAGCUGGCGUCUGGCCAUGUUUCUUUCAUGAAGAAGCUCAAGACUGCGAUGAGCAGAAUCCAGGAGCUGCCUGAAAAGCCGCAGCUGCUGCCGGGAGGUCUGCUGGACGAAGCCAAACACGUGGGCAACCUCAAGUUCAAGGUGUGGGAGCGGAUGAAGGAGACGCUCGCCUACAGUCCAGUCAUUCUGGACCCCAACACGGCCUAUCCAAGUAUCAGUCUGUCUGAAGAUCUGAGCAGUCUUACUCUGAAAGACGUACAGCAGGAGCGUCCAAAGAAUCCAGAAAGAUUCCAGAAAAUGUUGCGUAUACUGGGUGCUGGUUUGGACUCGGGGAAAAAACACGUGUGGGACGUUGCGGUGGGAGACAACAAUGACUGGGCAGUGGGGGUCGCGUGGGGGGACCCUUGUUUGCCAGAGAAAAUGAGCAAUUUGUCCAUUGGAUUUUGUGAUGGGAAAUACAAAACGGCCUCUGGCCAAUCUGUAGAGAUGAAUCCGCCUGUCAAAGUGCAGACGAUCCGAGUUGCAGUGGACAUGAAUGAAAGCUCAUUGUCCUUCUCUGAACCUCUUACAAACACCGAAUUGUGGAACACUAAGGAGCAUUCCAAUUGGCCAGGUAACACCAAAAUCUAUCCUUUGUUUUACACAACACGUAAAAGUCCUCUAAAAAUAAUCCCCAUUCCACCUGUUGUUACCAAUGCCAUCAGUUAG